AUGGGGCUCCCAGCGCUUGAAUUCAGCGACUGCUGCCUCGACAGCCCGCACUUCCGAGAGACGCUUAAGUCUCACGAAGCGGAGCUGGACAAGACCAACAAAUUCAUCAAGGAGCUCAUCAAGGACGGGAAGUCACUCAUCAGCGCGCUCAAGAAUUUGUCUUUGGCGAAGAGGAAAUUUGCUGAUUCCUUAAAUGAAUUUAAAUUUCAGUGCAUAGGAGAUGCAGAAACAGAUGAUGAAAUGUGUAUAGCAAGGUCUUUGCAGGAGUUUGCCACUGUCCUCAGGAAUCUUGAAGAUGAACGGAUACGGAUGAUUGAGAAUGCCAGCGAGGUGCUCAUCACUCCCUUGGAGAAGUUUCGGAAGGAGCAGAUUGGGGCUGCCAAGGAAGCCAAAAAGAAGUAUGACAAGGAGACAGAAAAGUAUUGUGGCAUCUUAGAAAAACACUUAAAUUUGUCUUCCAAGAAGAAAGAAUCGCAGCUUCAGGAGGCAGACAGCCAAGUGGACUUGGUCCGGCAGCAUUUCUAUGAAGUAUCGCUGGAGUAUGUCUUCAAGGUGCAGGAAGUCCAAGAGAGGAAGAUGUUUGAGUUCGUGGAGCCUCUCCUGGCAUUCUUGCAAGGACUCUUCACUUUCUAUCACCAUGGUUAUGAGCUGGCCAAGGAUUUCAGCGACUUCAAGACUGAAUUGACCAUUAGCAUACAGAACACAAGAAAUCGCUUUGAAGGCACCAGGUCAGAAGUGGAAUCACUGAUGAAAAAGAUGAAGGAGAACCCCCUUGAGCACAAGACCAUCAGUCCCUACACCAUGGAAGGGUACCUGUACGUUCAGGAGAAACGUCACUUUGGAACUUCUUGGGUGAAGCACUACUGUACAUAUCAACGGGAUUCCAAACAAAUCACCAUGGUACCAUUUGACCAAAAGUCAGGAGGAAAGGGGGGAGAAGAUGAAUCUGUCACCCUGAAAUCCUGCACCCGGCGGAAAACAGACUCCAUCGAGAAGAGGUUUUGCUUUGACGUAGAAGCAGUAGACAGGCCAGGGGUUAUCACCAUGCAGGCAUUGUCGGAAGAAGACCGGAGGCUCUGGAUGGAAGCCAUGGAUGGCCGGGAACCUGUCUACAAUUCGAACAAAGACAGCCAGAGUGAAGGGACUGCACAGUUGGACAGCAUUGGCUUCAGCAUAAUCAGGAAAUGCAUCCACGCUGUGGAAACCAGAGGGAUCAAUGAGCAAGGGCUCUACCGAAUUGUGGGGGUCAAUUCCAGAGUGCAGAAGCUACUCAGUGUCCUGAUGGACCCCAAAACAGCUUCUGAAACAGAGACCGAUAUCUGUGCUGAAUGGGAGAUAAAGACAAUCACUAGUGCUUUGAAGACCUACCUAAGAAUGCUUCCAGGACCACUCAUGAUGUACCAGUUUCAAAGAAGUUUCAUCAAAGCAGCAAAGCUGGAAAACCAGGAGUCUCGGGUCUCUGAAAUCCACAGCCUUGUUCAUCGGCUCCCAGAGAAAAAUAGGCAGAUGUUACAGCUGCUCAUGAACCACUUGGCAAAUGUUGCUAACAACCACAAGCAGAAUUUGAUGACAGUGGCAAACCUUGGCGUGGUGUUUGGACCCACCCUGCUGCGUCCUCAGGAAGAAACAGUAGCAGCCAUCAUGGACAUCAAGUUUCAGAAUAUUGUUAUUGAGAUCCUAAUAGAAAAUCAUGAAAAGAUAUUUAACACCGUGCCCGAUAUGCCUCUCACCAAUGCCCAGCUGCACCUGUCCCGGAAGAAGAGCAGUGACUCCAAGCCCCCUUCUUGCAGCGAGAGGCCCCUGACGCUCUUCCACGCCAUGCAAUCAGCAGAGAAACAGGAACAAAGAAACAGCAUCAUCAACUCCAGUUUGGAAUCUGUUGUCUCAUCAAAUGCAAAUAGCAUCCUUAAUUCCAGCAGCAGCUUACAGCCCAACAUGAACUCUAGUGACCCAGACCUGGAUGUGCUCAAACCCACCCGGCCCAACUCACUCCCCCCGAAUCCAAGCCCAACUUCACCCCUCUCGCCAUCUUGGCCCAUGUUCUCGGCGCCAUCCAGCCCUAUGCCCACCUCAUCCACGUCCAGCGACUCAUCCCCCAUCAGGUCUGUUGCAGGGUUUGUUUGGUUUUCUGUUGCUGCUGUUGCUCUCUCAUUGGCUUGGUCCUCUCUUCAUGCAGUGUUCAGCCUCCUCGUCAACUUUGUUCCCCGCCAUCCAAACCUGCACUUGCUUUUUGACAGGCCUGAAGAAGCAGUUCGCGAAGACUCCAGCACACCGUUCCGGAAGGCAAAAGCCUUAUAUGCCUGCAAAGCUGAACAUGACUCAGAGCUCUCGUUCACAGCAGGCACGGUCUUCGACAAUGUUCAUCCAUCUCAGGAGCCUGGCUGGUUGGAGGGGACUCUCGACGGAAAGACUGGCCUCAUUCCUGAGAACUACGUGGAGUUCCUCUAACUGGUGACCCCAGCAGACCUGCUGAGCUUUCCAUGGUGUCCAUGACAACUGCUGAUUCUAGUGUUGUAGGCCAUUUCUCUUUGCCACUGAGAAAUGCAGGGUGACUGACUCUGUUACCACCUGUCAACACGAAUGUUUCUAUGAACUCUGGUGUCACCCAUCCCCAUGAUCAUGUCAGCUGGCAUGUGGUGAUACUGCACGGAACAGAAGUAAAUCAGCAGUGGAGGCCAUUUGAUUUCAAUAAUCAAGAGAAAGGCUUGCGAAGUCGUUCCUCUCAUUUAGCUCCCUAAAUAGGGAGCAUUCAUUUUGUUUCAAUAGUCACCCAAAUCCAAAAAAGGAAGUAAGAAAGAUGUAUGUAGUCCUCAAGAGCAUGUAAUGUAGCUAAGUCUAACAGGGCUGGGCAUUGGCUCUGAGGCCCAGGCUGGGCCCGUUGCUUCUGUUUACAGUUGACACUCUCUCUACUCCACCUCUAAAUACUUGAGACCCACAAUGCUACAGGCAGCUGGGUCUGUCUGGUUGCAUGCAGGAGAGAGAGGGGUUACAGCACUGUUUACAUAAGAUGCAAUCUCUCACCAUCUCCAAACAGCCUUGGCCAAACAUCAGCAGAAUUCAGCUCUGUCCUCUCGUGCAAGGGAACACACCCCCCCCCAUGUUCCUCCUCCCAAGCUAGGAACUUCUCUGCCACCGAGAGCUGCCAUCACCUCGUAACCACGGCAACCCAACCUACUCUGAAACCAAACCAAAAAAAAAAAAAAACACUCUUUUUGCAUGACAUAUUUUUUCUUCCCCCUUUUUGGUCAUUUUUUGAAUGAUUUGCCAACCUCCUGAAGCAGAAGGUCAAGGAAUUAGAGUGGUCUGCUUGGGGCAGACAGAAUAGCAGCUGGGAACUCUUCCCUUUCUGGUGAAUUUUAGCAGCAUCAGGAUAUAUUUGGAACAAACUCUAGUAACCUCUUGAGAUUAAAUUACAUACAGACUUA